AUGGGUGAAAGACGGGCGCGCUCCUUCCACAUGACAUGCCACAUGCACCGUGACUAUGGCAGCAGGCUGGGUAGCUCCAUUAUGACUUGUGGCCCCAAUGGGUAUGCCAGCACCAGCCUGAGCAUGGAGCAGGACCUGGGGGAGGACGCUGACCAGGCAACCUCCACAGACACCACCACUACCAGCAGCAAGGCUCCUGCAGCUGACAGAAGCCACUACUCUCCUGUUUCACUGGAACUGGACCCCGCAGCGGUGAAUAAUGGAUCAGGCAUUCCCUGCCGCUCACCGGUGGACACAAAGGACCCAGCGCUGCAGAUCGCCCAGAGCCAGCCCUCUAUCACUGCUCCCCUGCCGCCUCUCCCUCGUUCGAGCUGGCUGCACCACCAUCAGAAGGAAUUCCAGAGCCCCUACAUCAAGACUAGCAUGCAGGGGGAUGUCUACAACUUCCUAGAGAGACCUGCUGGACUGAAAUGCUUCCUCUACCACUUCCUGGUCUUCCUCAUGGUCCUGGUAUGUCUAAUCUUCAGUGUCCUGUCCACUAUAGAGCAAUAUGCGGACUUUGCCACUGGAACGCUCUUCUGGAUGGAGAUUGUGCUGGUGCUGUUCUUUGGCACGGAGUACGUAGUCCGGCUCUGGUCGGCUGGCUGCCGCAGCAAAUAUGUGGGCAUCAAAGGACGCCUCCGCUUUAUCAGGAAGCCCAUAUCUAUCAUAGAUUUAAUAGUAGUCAUUGCCUCAGUUAUUGUGCUGAGUGUAGGCUCCAAUGGCCAAGUGUUUGCCACAUCUGCUAUCAGGGGCAUUCGCUUCCUCCAGAUCCUGCGCAUGCUGCAUGUGGAUCGGCAGGGAGGAACAUGGAGGCUCCUGGGAUCUGUAGUCUUCAUCCACCGCCAGGAGCUGAUCACGACUUUGUACAUCGGCUUCCUGGGCCUGAUCUUUUCCUCCUACUUUGUCUACCUGGCAGAGAAGGAUGCCGUGGAUGAGGAGGGCAAGACGGGUUUCUCCAGCUAUGCUGAUGCCCUUUGGUGGGGUGUGGUGACUGUCACCACCAUUGGUUAUGGAGACAAGAUUCCUCAAACGUGGAUAGGCAAAGCCAUUGCCUCCUGCUUCAGUGUCUUUGCCAUUUCCUUCUUCGCUUUGCCAGCUGGUAUCCUGGGCUCAGGGUUUGCCCUGAAGGUGCAGCAGAAGCAGAGACAGAAGCACUUCAACAGACAGAUCCCUGCUGCAGCCUCCCUCAUACAGACGCUUUGGAGGUGCUAUGCAGCGGAGAAACCAGGAGGCUGUCCCGCUACAUGGAAAAUGUAUGUACUUACUUCAGACGCCGCCCCCACAGUGGAAUGUGACAAUUCCAGCCCUAACAUCAGGAAGCUGAACAUAUCGAAAAAAGGGACCAAGAGGAGGCUGAAGCCGUCUCGUGGCAAUGGCUCCAUGGGCGUAUCCACAGAGAGAGCCUUGUCCAUCCCUCAGAUCACCUAUGAUCACAUUGACGACUCUGUGGAGAAAAAAGACGUCCCCUUCUUCCUUGAGGAACCACCAGGGGAUGUUGAAGGUAUUACCAGAAUGUUCAGACAAACAGGCCCUCCUCAGCAUUCGUGGUCUUCUUUCACUCUGAGUUGCCAUUCCUCUCCAGUGAAGAAAAAUCUAGACAACACCUCCAUCGACAUCUCCAGGGCCAACAGCUUAACAGACGAGAUGGACUAUGAAGACAUCCCCCUGCCCGUGGUGACGGAUGAAGCUCAUCUGUUGACCAGCCCGUUCGUGGCAUUGGUCCAGGACUCUGUCUCCACACAGCACUUGAAUUCCACAAGGUUGUCCCAUGCGCAGAGGUCGGCAGUCAAAGUCCUUCGCAGAAUGCAGUACUUUGUGGCCAGGAAGAAAUUUCAGCAAGCACGGAAGCCCUAUGACGUGCGGGACGUGAUUGAACAGUAUUCCCAGGGCCACCUCAACAUGAUGGUCCGCAUAAAGGAGCUGCAGAGAAGACUGGACGGCACGUUGGGGAAACCAGGAAUGUUUCUCCCAGGGAAAGGAGAAGAUAAAGAAUACCCAACUAUUGGAGCACGGCUGAUCAGGCUAGAAGAUAAGGUCUUGCAGAUGGACCAGAAAAUGGAGUCGGUCCUGCGGAUCCUGACUGAGCAGUUUGUGCCCAAACCUGAGCUGACGUCCAAGCCCUCCAUCCGCAGAGUGACCAUCCAGAAACGCAUGGGCAUCAGCAUCGAUGAGGGGCCCUGAUGUCACAGCGGGGCCACAAGCAGGCACAGUGUUGUGACGACCAAGAGACACUUCAGCAAGGAGCCAGACGGGAGAUCAUAUAAGCAGUCUGGUCCUCCCUGGGGGACAGCCUGGAAAUGAUAAGGGGACUCGGUUUCCCAGAAUCCCCCUCUUUUUCUAUUACAAUCCCUUUUUUCACUGACCUUUGACCCCUGAGAAGAGAACAACUUUAAAAACUUUGAUUUCUCAUGUAGAAGCUGCACUAUUCUGGGACUUAAAGGUGAAAAAAAAAACAGUGGAAUUCAUUGUGCACUUUCAGCAAAAACAAAGCUGACUGACCUCUUCCCUUUCAGAGGCCAUUUGUGGUGAUCAGUGGGCCUGAUCGGGUCUUUUCCAUUGAAGUCUUCUGUUGAAAUGUAGCUCUCUACAUUGCUGGCCCUCAAUCUCCCCCUGCAUCACACAGUCAUUCAAGCAGAGACACGCUGCAUGAAUUUAUUUCACUACAUUAGCCUCAUAAUCACAGU